AUGAACAACACAGAGGCGGAUCCCUUUGCUUCAUGGCCAGACGGAGAUCUGUUCCCGUGGCGUAUCACCGAGGCCAUAGUAUACCUUGUGGUCAUCUGUGUGGGCAUAGUGGGCAACCUGUUUGUGUUCUACAUCAACCAUUUCCGGUUUCCUAGUACCACAGACACUCUUUUUAAAAGGAUCCUCGCUUUCUUUGAUUUGAUUGGCUUGACCAUGUUCGUACCACUAGCUCUCUACCUCACUUUCGUGCCGGACACACCCUACUACAACAACUGUUGCAAGUACCUGUCCUUUUUCGCCCUGUGGUCAUUGUCAACGGGCGGAAACUUCCUAGUGGUCAUUGCUAUGGACAGAUUUUUAAAGCUUUGUCUUCUGCGAAAGUCGGGAAUUGAGCCUGCCAUAGUAAAGAAAAUCAUAUUUGGCUUGGCUCUCUAUACUGGGUUAUUGAACAUUCCUGUCACCUUGCUGUUUACAAGGGACGAAACUCCUAUGGUGUUCUACCAGGUCAAGGCCGUAUACUGUUUCCUGGAUCUUCGAACAGACUUGGUCAUUCUCAUGGAGUUCUUCAGCUACUACUCAAUGGUAUCGAUCUCGGGAGUUGCGCUGACUCUUAUUAUUCUGUAUGGGAAGAUUAUACUGAAACUGAGAGAGCUGUCUUUCAAACAUAAAGAGUUAAAAGGGAAGACCGCUGGCGCGAGCGAAGAGGCCGCCAAGGGGAACCGGCAGAGCCGCGCCAUGCUGAAGUCGUCGCUGGUGUUCAUCGCCGUCACGGCUGCCUACUUUGGCUGCUUCACGCCGUACGGCGUCGUGGUGAUUAUGGAAAACGUGCGGUUCCUCCAGGCCCACCAGCUGUCGCCGCUGACCAAAGCGCUGUACGACCUGUGCAAGCUGAGCCCGACCCUGACCCACAUGCUCAACCCGUUGAUAUUCAUAUUUUCUUCGGAUCGAUUCAUGUCAGAGGUCAAGGCCAUCGUCCUGUGCCGCUCGAGUUUCCGUUACUGCUGUGUUCGUCGACAGAAUCUCGUUCGUGAUGCCAACAUUCGUGAUGCCCACAUUCUUGAUGCCCACGUUCGUGAUGCCCACAUUCUUGAUGCCCAUAUUUGUGAUGCCCACAUUCGUGAUGCCCACAUUCGUGAUGCCCACAUUCUUGAUGCCCACGUUCGUGAUGCCCACAUUCUUGAUGCCCACAUUUGUGAUGCCCACGUUCGUGAUGCCCACGUUCGUGAUGCCCACGUUCGUGAUGCCCACAUUCUUGAUGCCCGCAUUUGUGAUGCCCACGUUCGUGUUGCCCACAUUCGUGAUGCCAGAUUCUGCUUAUAG